UUCUUCUCUCUCUCUCUCUCUCUCUCUCUCUAUCUAUCUGUAGUAAACUGUAGAGAGAGCUUUAUAAACAAGACUUUGCCUCUAACCUUUACCUGCUCAAGGUGGGGGAUGGCCGAGUCAAUGAAACAAACAACAACAAAACCAAGAAAGCUCAUGGCUAAACAAAAAAGCUAAAAAGAAGAAAAGGAAAAGCUUAAAGAAAGUAGAUUUCAGAAAGCAAAGAGCUUUUCUUCCCUUCUCCAUGUUCUCCCUCUUAACUUUCUCCUUCCCUCUCUCUGCCCAUUUUCUUUCUUUUAUCAUCAGUAAAGCUGAAAACCCCACUACACCAAAAAAAACUUCAACGCCUGUACAGCUAAAGAUUGAUUUGUUUCACUUCACCUACAACACCAUAUAGCCACCAAAUCCCAAACAAAAUCCUCAUCCAUGCUCGACAGCACCACCACUUCAACUGCUCCAUCUCCUUCCUCUGAUCCCUUCACAGCUUCCUUGGAUAAUGGGGUCACCAAUAAAAGAAAAAGAAAACCUGCAGGCACACCAGAUCCAGAUGCAGAGGUUGUAUCUCUAUCGCCCAGGACCCUACUAGAAUCAGACAGAUAUGUUUGUGAGAUCUGCAACCAAGGGUUUCAAAGAGACCAGAACCUUCAAAUGCACAGGAGAAGGCACAAGGUGCCAUGGAAGCUACUGAAAAGGGAGACACAAGAAGUGAAGAAGAGAGUUUAUGUAUGCCCAGAGCCUAGCUGCUUACAUCAUGACCCUUGCCAUGCUUUAGGAGAUCUUGUUGGCAUAAAGAAGCAUUUUAGAAGGAAGCAUAGUAAUCACAAGCAGUGGGUUUGUGAGAAGUGCUCUAAGGGUUACGCGGUUCAGUCUGAUUACAAAGCUCACCUCAAGACUUGUGGCACAAGAGGUCAUUCUUGUGACUGUGGCCGUGUCUUUUCCAGGGUGGAGAGUUUCAUUGAGCACCAAGAUGCUUGCACAGUAAGGGGAGCCCAGCCUGAACUACAGGCAUUGCAGCCGGCCUGCUCAUCUAGAACUGCUUCAAGCACCAGCCCUUCAAGUGAUGCCAAUUUUAACAUAGCACCCUUACCAGGGAUACCAAUGUCAAAGCCAACCGAACAAGUUUACUUGUGCUCGGAUAGAAAUGAUGCGUCCACUUCUAGUCAGAAAGAACAUAAUCUUGAACUUCAGCUCUUACCAUCUUCGAGCAAUCACUUACCACAAAACCCUGACGAGCCUCAUGCUGCGAAUUUGAAGCUUUCAAUAGGGUCAAGUGAUCAUAGUUGUGAAAAGGAUGGAUCAAACAAGGCCAUUGGGGAUCCGAGUUGGCAUAAAAGCACUUCUAAUGAGCCUGCACUCGAAGCAGCAAAGUUAAAGGAGUUUACAAAUGAACAAUUGAGGUUGGCUAUGACUGAAAAGGCCUAUGCUGAGGAGGCUAGACAACAAGCAAAGAGGCAAAUUGAGAUGGCUGAACUAGAAUUUGCAAACGCAAAGAGGAUAAGGCAACAAGCUCAAUCUGAACUUGAAAAGGCUCAACUUUUGAAAGAGCAAGCUACAAAGAAAUUUAGUUCUACCAUUAUGCAAGUCACCUGCCAAGUCUGCAAGCAACAAUUCCACGCAUCAACUGCUGCUGCACCGGCAGACGAGACUUCUCUUGCUAUGAGUUACAUGUCCACAGCAACUACUGAAGGGGAUGGAGAAUGAUAUCUCAAAAAUAUCAUGCAACUGUAUUAAGAAAACCUCUCUUUGUUUUGAUUUUUGGUUUUUUUAUAUCUGUUCAUUUAAAUUUUCUGUUAUAACUUUUAACCCAAAAAAAAAAAAAUGAAGGUUCUCUGGCUGUAUAAUCAAACUCCGUGUUUUAAACCAUUGUUGCUAGUUAACCACAUUUGGAUGGUGUAACAGUUCAUUUUUACUGAUUUAAUAUAUAUAAAUAUCUUCAUUUGUUUCAAAGAG